UCGAUUUGAGGCAGAUCGUUUCUGACGGUCGCCGGAGAUCCGGGGCUUCGCUUCCAUCCUUCCAACAGAAGCGGCAAUAUUCCGUGAUGGCCGGACGGAGGCCCAGUCCGAAUGGGAAAUCGAAGUGGAGACGGAAUCCAUCUAGUGAUGAGGGUUCUGACUCGGAUUAUGAUCUGGAGAUUUUCCAAAAAAGCAAAGCGGAUGGUAAAAAGGGUUUUAGGUUUCCAAGGAUUAGUACUGAAACUGGGGUGGAAAUGGAGGAAGAGACUGAUCAGGGUGAUGCUAGGAUAAGGAGGAAGAAGAUGAUGAGUAGUGCUGCAUUGAGGAAUAUUGAUAUUAAGAAAGAGAGAUGGAGGCUUAGGUCUUUUGAAGAGGAAGACAAGAUAUCCGACCAGAUUCAAGCAAUUCGUGAUGAAUUGAAGAAAAAGGAGGCAUUUGGGAGUGAUUUGAGGCGGCCUGAAGUGAAGGAAGAAUCACUACUCACUCAAAAGAGAUUUGAUGAGUGCAACAUCUCUCCGCUGACGGUCAAAGCACUUGCUGCUGCUGGUUAUUCACAAUUGACUGUAGUUCAAGAGGCUGCCAUUCCUGUCUGCCUUGAGGGCAAGGAUGUUCUUGUCAAGGCCAGAACAGGGACUGGCAAGACUGCUGCCUUUCUGCUUCCUGCUAUUGAAACAGUUCUCAAGGCAACUAGCAGCAAUAUCAAUCAGCGAGUGCCGCCAAUAGUUGUUCUGAUUCUUUGUCCAACAAGGGAGCUUGCUAUUCAGAUUGCUGCUGAAACAAAUGUUCUCCUAAAAUACCAUGAUGGCAUUGGUGUCCAAACAUUGAUUGGGGGCACACGCUUUAAGCUUGACCAGAAGCGAUUGGAGUCAAAUCCUUGCCAGAUUAUAGUUGCCACUCCUGGCAGGCUAUUAGAUCACAUAGAGAACAAGUCUGGAUUCUCAGUGCGUUUAAUGGGGUUGAAGUUAAUAAUACUUGAUGAGGCUGAUUACUUGCUGGACCUGGGAUUUCGGAAGGAUAUAGAGAAGAUUGUUGAUUGUAUUCCACGUCAGAGGCAAUCUUUGUUGUUCUCAGCUACAAUGCCUAAAGAGGUUCGUCGGAUUUCACAGCUCGUUUUGAACCGGGAUCAUGAAUUUGUUGAUACAGUGGGUUUGGGAGGCUUGGAAACUCAUGCCAAGGUUUCCCAAUCAUAUCUUGUUGCACCACAUGGAUUGCACUUUUUUAUAGUUUAUCACCUUCUGAAGGAGCACAUUAUGCAAGUGGUUGAUUAUAAGGUAAUUGUCUUCUGCACAACUGCUAUGGUGACAGAAUUUAUGUUCAUGCUUCUCCAUGAUUUAAAGAUGAAUGUGAGGGAAAUCCAUUCCCGGAAACCUCAACUUUACAGAACCCGUUUAUCAGAUGAGUUCCGGGAGUCCAAGCAGUUGAUUCUAGUAACAUCUGAUGUUUCAUCACGUGGGUUGAAUUAUCCUGAUGUAACUCUGGUGAUUCAGGUGGGAAUUCCUCCAGAUCGUGAACAAUAUAUCCAUCGGCUUGGAAGGACAGGGGCGUGAAGGCAAAAGAUGGAAAAGGC